AUGGAGGCCAUAGGCAUUGCUGCUAGCUUCAUCGCCAUCGGCCAAGCGUUGUUGGCCUGUCGCCAUGUGGUAAACCUGCUUCAAGAAAUCCCGAAAAUCGGCAACGAGCUAGCAUCACUCAACAACGAGGCAAGUUCAAAGAGGCGUUCGAGCAUCGAAAGUCUCCGAGCUGCUGUGGAGGCAGCCAGCACGCAAGGAAUGACAUUCUACGACAACGAGAUUGAAGGUCCGGACCUCCGGCUAGCCAGAGGCCAGAUCACCCAUAUCGCAAACAAACUCGAGAAAGUUCGCCUGAAAUGCACCCAGGUCAGAGAAAAUGGCAAGAUCAAGCCUAGAAUGACGAGAUGGUUUUUGAUGCAAAAGGUGCUACAGCAGUGUCGCGACAAAGCUCGCGAUGCCCGCUCAGCCCUUCAACUUGCGCUGGUUACCUUGAACUUGAAGGGCACAGUUUGA